AUGGUGGCCCCUCAUGGUACAGUGUGCGUCCUGUCUCACGUGUGUACAGUGCGGCACAGCAAGCAGAGCAGUUUCUCCAGGGAGGACCUGUGGGUGCGAGAGGGGAAGAUCCUCAACCCAGAGAAACUCUUCUUCGACGAGAAGGGCUCUGCCGACAUCCAGGUGGACUGCAAGGACAGCAUCAUCGCCCCGGGCUUCAUCGACGUUCAGAUCAACGGAGGCUUUGGGGUGGACUUCUCCCUGGCUACAGAUGACUUCAAAUCAGGGAUUGACUUGGUCAGUCAGAAAAUCCUCUCCCAUGGAGUGACUUCCUUCUGUCCCACCCUAGUGACCUCUCCUCCAUCUGUGUACCACCAGGUUCUCCCUCAGAUCAGCAUAAGAAAUGGUGGAGCCCAUGGAGCAGGUAUCCUGGGGGCCCAUCUGGAAGGACCGUUCAUCAGCAAGGAGAAGAAAGGGGCGCACCCGGAGCACUGCCUCCGCACCUUCGAGGCAGGUGCCUUCCAGGACCUGCUUGCUACCUACGGGUCCCUGGACGAUGUCCGGAUAGUCACCCUGGCCCCAGAGAUGAAGAGGAGCAGUGAGGUGAUCCAGGAACUCACCAAGCGGGGCAUCUGCGUCUCUCUCGGUCACUCGGUGGCUAACCUCUCCCAGGCUGAGGAAGCGGUGCAGCAUGGCGCUACCUUCAUCACUCACCUCUUCAAUGCCAUGUUGCCGUUCCACCAUCGUGACCCUGGGAUCGGCCCGGUUGGACGGAGGUUCUUCUAUGUCAUGAUCUCUGAUGGCAUCCACACCAACCCUGCCGCCCUGCGAAUUGCCCACCGAGCCCACCCCAAAGGCCUGGUGCUGGUGACGGAUGCGAUCGCUGGCAUGGGGCUGGCACCAGGUCGGCACACACUGGGUCAGCAGGUGGUGGAGAUCGAUGGGCUGAACACCUACAUUGCAGGCACAAAGACCCUGAGCGGUAGUGUGGCGACCAUGGACACAUGUGUGCGACACUUCCAAGAAGCCACAGGGUGCUCAGUAGAGACUGCGUUGGAGGCAGCGUCUCUGCAUCCUGCCCAGCUCCUGGGGAUUGAACACAAAAAGGGGACACUAAAUUACGACUCAGAUGCAGAUUUCCUGAUGCUCAAUGACAGACUGUAUGUGCAAGCCACGUACAUCGCGGGCGAGGAAGUCUGGAGACAGGAUGUGUUAGGCAUAUGA